CCACACCCAAUUGGUUGCGAAUUUAAAGCCAUUGCCGAUGCACAGUUUAAUUUGUUUCUAAGAUUAGACCCAGUAGAGCCUCCAGAAUAUAGUAUAAAAAAAAAAUUCUCAGACCAAUACCCACCAACCAUUGCAUCAGUAUUAAGAUUAGUAGAACCAUGGUUCUAUAGUGAUAGAACAGUUAUCACAGAUUCGUGGUUCGGUAGCACCGAUGCAUGUAUUAAUUUGCAUAGCCAUGGUCUUUAUUCCAUUUUACAAAUUAAAAAGCGUCGUUAUUGGCCUAAAAAUAUCCCUCAUGACAUUACAGAUGCUCUUGAGGAUGAAUAUGGAUCAUUUGUUAGUCGAACCUGUAAAAUAAAUAGCACUGAUUUAACUGUAUGUUCGAUUCGUGACCGCAAAGAUAUUGUUCUCCUUGCUAGUUGUUCUACAACAGUUCCUAGGUCAGAAAUAAAGCGAUAUAUCAAGGAUUUUGGUGAUGUAACAUUUCAUCGGCCUGUUGUAAUUGAUGAGUUUUGUGCAUGUAAAUCGGCAGUAGACAUACUUAAUAAUAUGC